ACGCAGAGUUGCUUUGAUCGAAUUUUGACAUUUGGAACAUGGCGUACUACAUGCUUCCGCUCUUUCCUUCCCUUUCUUUUACCAACGUGUGCAGUGUUAAGAGAUGCCUGCUACGGUCGUCAAGAAACCUGCAGCUAAAAAGCUGCCCGCUGUGCCGGAAUCAAAGCUGAAAUUCAGCAAGAAACAAAUCAGCAAGCGUGCCGCUGAGUCAAAGCGUCGUCUCAAGCGCGCCGCUGUUAUUGCGUUGCGAAAGAAGGAAAAUCUGGUCCGUGCCGAAAAGUACCAGAAUGAGUACAUUAAGUCUGACCAGCGUGAGAUUAAGCUGCGUCGUCUGGCAAAGAAGCGUAACCAGUUUUAUGUGCCGGCAGAGGCCAAACUGGCAUUUGUCGUGCGUAUCCGUGGUAUCAACAAGGUUGCCCCCAAGGUUCGCAAAGUGUUGCAGCUUUUCCGACUGCGCCAAAUUAACAACGGUGUCUUCAUUAAGUUGAACAAGGCUACCAUCAACAUGCUUCGUAUUGCCGAGCCCUAUAUCACCUGGGGCUACCCCAAUCUGAAGUCGGUGCGCGAGCUUAUUUACAAGCGCGGCUAUGUCAAGCACAGCCGUCAGCGUGUUCCCAUCACUGACAACUUUGUGAUAGAGCGCAAACUGCGCCAGGCUCACAAUAUUCAGUGCGUUGAGGAUUUGGUUCAUGAAAUCUUCACCGUUGGACCCAAUUUCAAGUACGCAUCAAAUUUCCUGUGGCCGUUCAAGCUAAACACCCCCACCGGUGGCUGGCGCAAGAAGGCUAAUCACUACGUUAAUGGAGGUGAUUUCGGCAACCGUGAAGACCAGAUCAACCGACUGUUGCGCAAAAUGGUCUAAGCGUCAGUUUCAGAAACUAUAGCUUGAAAAAGAACGGGCAUGUAAACAUUGAACGGAAAAUAAAACCAUUUUAUAAAACUAAA